AUGCUAGUAGACGCGACAGCAGGCCAUGAAUUGAUGAGUUUCAUGGACACAUACUCGGGAUACCAUCAAAUCCGGAUGCACCCUGAUGAUGAGGAGAAGACGGCCUUCAUGACCAGCGUAGCGUUAUUUUGCUACAAGUAUAUGCCAUUCGGAUUGAAGAAUGCCGGUGCAACGUACCAACGCCUGGUCAAUCGGAUGUUUGCAAGCUUGCUGGGCCAAACAAUGGAAGUCUACAUCGAUGACAUGCUGGUCAAGUCCAUCCGCGCGAGGGACCACAUUGAUCAUUUGAGGGAGACAUUUGAGAUUCUUAGAAAAUACAAUAUGAAGCUAAAUCCUACUAAAUGUUCUUUUGGUGUCAAUGCAGGAAAGUUCCUAGGUUAUAUGGUCACCCAGCGGGGAAUAGAGGCAAACCCGGCUCAAAUCGAGUCGAUCCAGAGAAUUCCUUCCCCCACCUGCGUGUAUCUGGCCGUCUCUGAUACAGCCGUCAGCGCCGUGUUGGUCAGAGAGGAAGAGGGAAAGCAGUCACCAAUCUACUACGUGAGCAAGUCACUACUUGAUGCAGAGACCCGAUACAGCCAGCUAGAGAAGCUGGCCCUCGCACUGGUCCAUGCAGCCAGAAAGUUACGUCCGUACUUCCAAUGCCAUCCGAUCGUAGUCGCCACUACGUACCCCUUAAAGGCCAUACUCCAUAAGCCGGAACUAUCCGGUCGAUUGACAAAGUGGGCAGUGGAGUUGAGUGAAUACGACAUCACAUACAAACCACGGACCGCACUUAAAUCUCAGGUAUUAGCCGAUUUUGUUGUUGACUUUGCACCUAACCUUAUUAUACAGGCCGAUAAAGAGUUAUGCUAUCUGACGGAAGAGCCCGAUCAAACUGGAACGUGGAAACUAUAUGUUGACGGGUGCAGCAAUAUGAGGGGAAGUGGACUUGGCUUGGUCCUUAUUUCACCUCAGGGCGACAUGGUCGAACAAUCAAUUCGGUGUCAAUUCAAGGCAACCAACAACGAGGCGGAGUAUGAGGCAAUGCUGGCUGGACUUGAAUUGGCCAAGGAAAUGAAGGUCAAACGAAUCAAUGUCUUCAGCGACUCCCAGCUUGUGGUCAAUCAAAUGCAAGGAUCCUAUCAAGCCAAGGACGCCAAAAUGAUAGCCUAUCUGAGCAAAACAAAAGAGUUACAGUUGAGCUUUGAGGAGUUCACCUUGAGCCAAGUUCCACGAGGGGACAAUAGCCAUGCCGACGCAUUGACCAACUUAGGGUCAUCCAUCCAGACCACACAACCAAAGGUCAUUCAGAUAACCUGCCUCCAAUGGCCAGCGACUCAAAAGGAUAAGGAGGAACAAGUCCAUGAAGUGUCAGCCGAACCAACCUGGAUGACCCCAAUAAUGGAUUACUUAGUGCAAGACACACUUCCAGAUGACAGAAAUAGGCAAGGUAUGUCCUUUCCGAGCUACAUGACGGGGAAUGCGGCAACCAUUCGGGUGGAAGAAGCCUCACCCAUCGAGCCCUGA